AUGGAUGGCUUGGAAAUGAGCACAGAUGAAGGUUAUUUUUUUAUUCUGUUUUUUUUUUGAAUAUUCAAUCCUCUAUGCAUAUGUCUUUUCAUUUGAGAGAAAGAAAAAAUCUUUUGGGUUUGGUUUACUGUAGCUAUUUGUUGUUGUACUCCGUAAUGUGAUGCAAAGUGAUGUGAUUUCUUAGGGGUUUUGAAGUGUGUGGUAAUUUAAUGUGGACCAUGGUUUCUGAAAUUAUGAUUUUUCGAAAGACCUACUAGUGUGGACCAUUUUUCGAAAAAUUCAGAAUUCUGAAUUUUUGAGAAAAAAGUUCAAAUAUUUUUUCGAAUAGUACUUGAUUCAUAGAUUAUUAAGGAUUAGUUUUUUCAUUGUUGAUGACUGUUUUGAAAUUUCUGUUAACUCCUCAAAAUCAUUUUUCCAACAAAAACCUCUCGAAAAUCGUAGUACUGUAAUUUGUUACGUGUUGCUGUUCCAUUCGUUUCCAUUCCCCAAUUCCUUGAACUAGUGAGUUUUUGUGUCCAUUCCCAAAAUGUUUUUUUUUCCCGAAUUUCGGACCAAAUAAAGUCACGCGGUUCUUCUUCGUUUUUCUUCUAUUUCUCUUUCUUUUUUCUUCAUAAACAAGAAAAAAAGAGGCGGUGACGACGUGUGAGCUAGAAAAGGAAAGAAGAAGUUGGAACGACGGCGAGAGCCAACGAUAUUUUUCGCAUUCCAUUCCAUUCCAUUUUUAUACCAGAAGCAAAUUCAAGAAACUCGCAAUUCUAGCAGAUAACGAGCAAAUUUUUGCCAUAUGACAUGUUCGUGCUAUGAAAAGAGAGCAAAUGAAAAAAAAACUAAUUAGUACAAGAAAGAAAAGAAUUUAAUUCGUUGUUUAUUUAUUUUGUUCCAUGAAUAGGAUAGAUAUAUAUCAAUUUUUUGAUGAAUUACUUUUUUCCGUCUUUUCAUAUACCAGUCUUUAUUGAAUGUUGCAUGCUUGAUUGGUUCUUGCUUAUUCUCUUUUAUUUUUUCAGUCGAGUUAGAUUUGAGCCUUUUCAGAACCAGCCUAAUUGGACCGAAAAAAUUGAUGCUAAAAAGUGCAUUCUAAUUUGUACGUCACAAAAUCUUUGAAAUUUUAAAGGACGUUUUACCGUAUUUCUAUAUUUUUGGAGUUCGAAUGUGUUCUAUUUGAAUAUAUUACUGUAGAUGAGCGGAUUGGAUUUUAAGAUUAUUCUGAUCAUCUUUGGAUUUUCGAACACUUUUUUAUGAGUUCCAUGUUUGCCUAGUUAUCAAAAGGAACGAUUUUUUUCUAAUUUGACGCUUGAGGAAUUUUUUCUUUUUGCUUGGAAAAAAAUGAUAAGACGAAGGACAGAUGUUUUUCUCAAUCAUUAACCGAUCAGAAAUCACGUCAUGAAUAUUUUUUCGGAAAAUAGAAAAGCGCUCCCCCUACAGAAAUGUUUCGAAAAAAAAAACGAGUUUUAUUAGUUCGAUUUUUUCCAGCCAAAAAAAAAAAGUGUAUUUGUUGUAUUGUGUAUUUAUUAUUUGUCAAUGUAUGUGUCCACAACGAUUUAUGUUGUCUUUUUUUGCCUUCUUCCUUCAUUUUCGUUCUCAUCCGAUUCCCCGGCCAUAUACAUACACAUACUAUUUUUGUGUGGUUGUCGGGCGUCCACAGCGCCUCAAGGCGCCUUUCGUUUCUCCCUCGCCUACUACUCCCCCUAUUUCCCUCCCCACUCCCCCUGUGUCGCAGCCACUUUUUGUCUGUUCCCUUGUUGUUUUGCAUCUUUUUUCUUUGCGACUCUGCGCCUACAGCGCUAUUUUCCAUCAUCGCCACCAUCGUUUUUUUUGUUGUUGUUUCGCUAUCGGUUUUUUUCUGUUCUGUCGGUUCCGAUUCCUUCUGUCGAUCCAAUCCAAUCCCAUCCCUCGCCAUUCAGUGUUUUUUGUUUCGGCCGUCGGUAAAAUACUAGGUAUUUUUCAACAAAAUUUUGCCUGGUCACAAGAUAAUCGACCGACCGAAAUUUGUUUCUUCUCCCUCGUUUUUUUUGUGUAUUUAUGUGAGUGUGUGUUGGUGAAAAAUAUUGCAUUCUUCUACUCUAAAAAGAUCAGAGUUCGACAAAAACUUCAACAUUUUGCAAACUCGACAUUCCCUGCUGAUAAUUUGUUGUUUUUGGCCGCUGAAACCAUGUUCUAUUUUCAAAAAAAAUGAUAACAAAAGAUACACUCUAAAAAAAUGUUGUUUAUUCAUUUCAUUCGCUUUUUUUUCAAACAACUGCCUGCUGAUAAAAUGAGACCAAUUGUCCUCCAUUCCUCCCUAUUUCGUGAAAAAAAAUGUUGCCGAAAAAACACUGUAUUUUUUCUUUGAUUUUUGUUGUUGUUAAAGUUUCGAAGCCUGUAAACAUCACGCGACUAAUAAAAAAAAAUAUUUAUUCGAAAAAAUAAUUGUUGUCAUUUUUUCUCAUGGGUGAUCAAAAUUGAUUUUUUUCUAGACGAAUUAUUUUUUCAGAAUCAAAUAGAAGCGACAACGAUUGGUGUCAGCCGGUUGCCAACCGACGUCGAUCGAUGACAGAGAAUCAGCGUUCGAGUGGGGGAAGUGGUAGUGUAUCAUCGACAGCAGCACAAGAAAAGACCAAUCAUCAACAGUCAGUUUGAUAAAACAAAAAAUUUCUGCGAGAAAAACACGUUUUUUUUCGAAAAUUUCAAAAAUUAUCAAUAUUUCAUACCUACAAACAUAUUAUUUCAUUAUUUCUGUCUACUUUCUUUUCCACACACAUCUAUCGCGCCCUUUUUUGACGCUGCGACAAGCGACGUCGCCUAUGGGUUGUUUACCACUAUGCGCCCACUUUAACUCGUCUAACACGCUCUCAAUUUCAUACACUUUUUUCCACAUCAACUGGUCAUUGUCUGAAAACUCUCCUCACAUGUCUCGCUAUUUCGAUAUCCGUCCGCAUGACUCUCGCUUUUUUCUUUCAUUUUCUUCUUCUUUCUAUUUAUUUCUCCGAAAAAAACGAACGAUUUUUUUUGGCGAGAAAGAAAAAAACGAAAAAAAAAGAAGAUGGAAAAAAUGGGCUCUGAAAAUAGUUUGUCCUUGAAAUAAGAAUUGAAAAAAACAUACACACUCACACACAUCACAUGACAUUUUCGUCCUUUUGGCGCGGCGCCAAAAAAGGGUGUUGGUCACAUGAAUAUUUAUGGAUUACUGUAGCUGGGGAUGUUUGGUGUUCCUGAGAAGGCGCAUUUUUUUUUUACAUAAAAGGGGUGAAUAAAUAUAUUUGUGAGAGAAUGGCAAAGGGAAUAUUUUUAGGAAUUACUUACCGUGACGAUCAAAAAGCGGAACUUUUUUUUGAUGAUAAAGCUGAAGAUGGAAUUUUUUUCGGAAACAAGAAUUUUCUGAUUUGAACAGGGGAAACAUAUUCAAGAAGUUUUAGAAAAAAAUAUGGAUUUUUAUGUUUUUUUUUAAUGUUGACAUUUUAAAAAUUAAUUCAAAUUCUGAAAAGACUUUUUUUCAAAAAAUUUAUGUAUGUCAGUUUGAAAACUUCAAAAAUUAGUUGAAAAAAAUUAAAUUAAUAAGACUGAUCUUGAAUUUCAGCUAUCUCAACGAAUUUCGGGUCGAUUCUUGCCCGUUAUUCAAACAACAUCAAUGUCAACAACAUCGACCAUUCACAUGUUUCAAAUGGCAUUUUGCCAAUCAACGACGACGAAAGCCAAUUAGAAAAUCGGACGGUUCAUUCAAUUAUUCACCGGAUAUUUAUUGUGAUAAAUAUGAUGAAAAUACGGGAAUUUGUCCAGAAGGCGAUGAGUAUGUUCUUUUUCGGAGAUUUACUUAAGUUAUCAAAAAUAUAUCUGAAUUAUUUAGAUGCAUUUAUUUGCACCGCGUAUCUGGUGAUGUAGAACGAAAAUAUCAUUUGCGAUACUAUAAAACUGCCCAAUGUGUUCAUCCAACUGAUGCUCGAGGACAAUGUGUGAAAAAUGGUGCACAUUGUGCAUUUGCUCACACAUCUACUGAUUUGCGACAACCAAUGUUUGAUCAACACGAAGUUGGAUUUUCAACAGUUAUUGAUGGUGAUGGUCGAGAUAAAACAAGUUUUGUUAUCGAAGAUCCUCAAUGGCAUUGUAAGUUGUUUUUAUUUCAACCGCCUCCGCUUUCAAUCAAAUCGCGUGUUCAAAUGUUUUUGUGCACUAUGUUUUUCCACAUUUUUCUCUUCUUUUUCUCUUUUUUCCUCUUUCUCUCACUUUUUUUUCAAUCAGAUGGUAAUGACACUGAAGAAAAAAGAAAAAAAAAGAUGAGAGUGGAGGAAAAAGGGCAAUUAAAUUCGAACACACAAAAGAGGAUAAAUCACACAAAUAAAUAAUUGUUUUUAGCACAAGAUCACGUGUUAUCAUGCUACAAAACGGAACAAUGUAGAAAACCAGCUAGAUUAUGUCGACAGGGUUAUGCUUGUCCAUUCUAUCACAAUUCAAAGGAUCGACGAAGGCCACCAGCGGUUUUCAAAUAUCGAUCGACUCCUUGCCCAGCGGCUAAAACAAUUGAUGAAUGGUUAGAUCCUGAUAUUUGUGAAGCUGGUGAUAAUUGUCAAUAUUGUCACACUAGAACUGAACAACAAUUCCAUCCAGAAAUCUAUAAAUCGACAAAAUGUAAUGAUAUGCUUGAACAUGGUUAUUGUCCAAGAGCUGUGUUUUGUGCGUUUGCCCAUCAUGAUUCAGAACUUCACGCUUCUCGAAAUCCAUAUAUUGGUAGCACUCAAGCAAGUCCAAAAGAACAAUGCAGUCCUUGCCAAUCUGGAAAUAGUCAGUUUUUUUUUUUACUUUUUCAAAAUUCUUGAUAGUAAUUCGUCAAUUUACAGUUAGCGCUUCAAAUGAGCAACUUCGCUUUGAUUCCCCACAAAAUGGUGCAGCUCCAAGUUACUCAGCCGUCUUGAAACAACGCCAACCACCAAUCAGCACAAAUAAACCAUUUGCAACAACCGAUUCGCUUUCAAGCAGCUAUCCAAAAGCUCCAGGAUAUGAAAGAGGACCAAUGUCGGUGACAGGAUUUGAUGCACAACGAAAUGAUCAAACUGGACGAUUCCGAACACAUUCUUUGAAUAUUGGACAUUUGGACAUGCUUCAGAGUUAGUUUCAUUUCAAGAUUAUUAAAAAAUAAUCGAUUUUUAUAGGAAACCUUGUUUUGAAUGGUGGUUUGACAGCAAUUGAUAAUACACUUGCUUCUCAAGCUUCACUUUGUCGAUCGGAUAGUGGAUUCAAUGUUGUCACCGAGGCAUCAUUAGGAACUCUUGAAGAGCUCAGUCUAGAUCUUCCGCCAAUCGAUGAACGUUUCAACCUAUUUCAAAACAGUCAGUUAUUUAAGCUUCACUAAAUUAAUGACUAAUCCUAAAAAAAAGUUUCAGUGUCACCAAUGCGAAAUCAAAACCCAGAAUUAUUUGCAAAUCCAUCAUUUUUCGGACAACAAAAUGGUCAACUCAGUUCACCUGUACAAAAUGAAUAUUUCCAGAACUCGUUUGACCCAAAUAUGGUAAGUUCAAACACACAUAAUUUGUAAAAUAAAACAAAGAAUUUUUUCAGUUCGGGUCUGAUCUUCAAAAUGGGCAAGACUACGAUGAGAUGAAUCGAAGUAGUGCUGAUGAUGAAUUGAAAAAAGUGAAGAGCGAUUGUGAAUUCUGGAAAUCAAGAGCCGAACAAUUUAUGAAUGAGAGAAAUCGAUUGGCCGAUCAAUUAAAUGAUUUACAAAUUCAUUAUGGAUCACAAAGUUAUAUACAACCACAACUUCAACCAAUGUCUUCUCCACUUGCUAUAAAUCCAGGUGCUGAAAGUAAUAUGGAUGGAGUUAUUCGACCAUCAGCUUCACUUCAACACAGUCCACCAUAUAAUAUUUUUGGGGUUUGUUUGGAAUUUAAAAGUAUUCAGAAAUUUUCAUAAGUAUAUAUAUUUUUCAGAACGAUUGUGAUGCGGCAGCUCCAGCUUGUGCUAGAUGUGGACGAGAUCGAUCUCGAUCUGGCUCAGAUAGCCAAAGUUCGUGCCCAGUCUGCUCGAAUUGA